CUCCAGAAGCCACAUCUAUCGACUCUCAUAGAACGUAGAUGCCCCGUGCUGUAAAUCAGAGGGAUUCAAGUUUUCAACACUCUUAAGGCUUUAAGCUCUACGCUAGUGCCUGUACUCCUUCACAACACCAGAUCAGUGUCAUCGUUCAUCCCCCUAAACCCUCGAAAACCCCUCGCUUCGUUGCUUUGUCUCCGACUCGAUUUGAGAAAUAUGGCUUGGCGCUCAGGAUCGCUGUCUCGGUCGUUGAUUUCGACUGCUAGGACCUCAUCGCUCCGCUCAUCACCGCCUCUCCCCCGCGUACGCACGCCCCCUCUUGCCGCUCCACGCGUCCAGUCCCGCCGCUUCUCUUUCGCUACUGCCCCCAGGAACUUGGGAGAACUGGGAUGCACACAGUCACUCCUGCCACUGGGCAACAUGUUGGCUACGACCUGCCUCACAUCUCACCUUGCCGUCAACAUGCGGGCUUUUUGUGAGCUGUCCCAUGUGUAGUAUUUAUAUCAUGUGACACUGAGGAGUAUCCAGCUUCAUAUUUUUUUGCCUCCCCCACAUAAGAAGAUUUGCCUUGUAAAUGAACCAUUGCCAUGUCAUGUACUUUCCGUCAUGUAAUUGUUAGCAAGAGCACCAUUUGGAAUUUUCUGACAUAAAAUUCAGGGAAGUAGUAACUCUUGCUAUCUGUCUUAAUAAUGCGUAUCGAUGUAGCUGAAUGUUAAGCUAUGACCUGUUUAUAUGUCUUCAAAAUAAAUUUCAUGUUUUCUAUGAACUUGGUGUGUUUCUUUCAUCAUAGUCAUGACUGAAAAGAACUUCAAAGAGUGGAUUUAUUCGCUUGAACACCUUUUUCCCACACCCAAACUUUUCUUUUCUUCUUUUUUUAGUUUCAAUUACAUAUUGAGCAUGUUUUACUUAGGGAAACAUUUUGUCAAGGCUAUUCUUGUGGUUUCUCUUUCCAAUACUAAUCACUAGUCAUUUGUGAAACAAGUAAUACUAUCUUUGGGUCUAUUGGGCUUUACCGAUGUUAUGGAAUCACUUGGUGUAGGUAUUUAUUCGCUUGAACACCUUUUUCCCACAACCAAGCUUUUCUUUUCUUCUUUCUUUUUUCUUUUAGUUUCAAUUACAUAUCGAGCAUGUUUUACUUGGAGGGAAACAUUUUGUUAAGGCUAUCCUUGUGGUUUCUCUUUCCAAUACUAAUCACUUGUCAUUUGGGAAGCAAGUAAUAUUAUCUUUGGGUCUAUUGGGCUUUGCCAAUGUGGAAUCAUCACUUUUACACAUGUUAUAU